AUGUCACGAGGUACCUCCGCUGCAAACAGACCACCUGCCCAGCUCCCACCCGUUCAGGACUUCGGCAUUGACGGUAUUCUCAGAGCAAUUGAACCUGAUAUUCAAAGCACUUUGGAUGCAAUCGCUGAAAUAUGCGGAAGAAGCAAACUGAGUCUUGCUAACGAAUAUGGAAGCCAUCGCCCUCCUCUGGGGGAAAUUCGCGCCUCGAGCAGAUCAAUGGAUCAUGGUCUGCUACCCGUCGAGGAAGCUAGUUCGAGCAACGAAAGAUUAAUUGACCAAAACGUUGUCAUUCUCGGUGUCGAUUCGAGUACAGUCGACGGGCGUAAUCCCUUCUCUUCAGCAUAUCACUCAUUUGUCAAUGCCCCUGAAGACACUGGCCUGCUACCUUAUGGACGGGCCAUGCCCAGCUGGGGUCAGGAAACAUUUUCUCCACAAAAUGCUAUAUCAGCAAGCCAUACUUCAUCUACUAGAACACGACCCCAGCCCCAUCCCUCAAAACACACAAACGAAGCGAAACCGUCAAGACAUAGUUUUGACUGGGCUUUACUGGGCAGAGAGACGAAGCAGCGACAGCAGCAUCGACGCAGCAUAUCGACGCAGCCCGUAGUUUCUGAGGUCCACCUAGAUGCCCAAGCAGACGGAACAUAUCUCUUGGAUACAUCAUGGGAGUCCUACCAUAGGGAAACUUCGGGGCCUACUGAAGGUUAUUCAAUGGACUUCCCCGUGAACGAAUCUCUUCUUCGAAUCCGAGCUGAAAGAUUAUCCUUCCUGGCUGAUCUGCAAGGAUGGCUGUCCUGGUUCACAAAUAUAGGUCACCGUCUAGAUCAAGAUAGUGACUCUUCUUGUCAGACUGCUGAAAUGAGACUGCGCGAUGUUCUACAACGUCAAGGAAAUUACGUUUCUUCCGGCAUUAUGUCGGCUGACAUUUCCUAG